AACCCAGCCGCCGCCUCGGCUCCCGGUGGGUCCCAGUCACAAAUUCGCCGGUAAUUAUUACUGCAACCGGGACGGACGCCGAGAGUCUUUCCCGCCCAUCGUGGUCGCGGCGACACAGAAGACCCUGGCAGCGGGGGCUCAAGCUGGCGGCUCUGCAGUGACAACAACUGAGAAAAAACCGGUGACACCAGGACCAGCACUUAAGAAGUGGGAAAUUUCAAAAGACCAGCCCUAUUUGUGA